AUGCCAAUCGGCGAGGCGGGCUUUCCAUUGGUUUCGGGGCGGGCGCUCCUAGGCUGGGGGAAGGAGAAGAGAUCAGGAGCGGGAGCUGAGGGGAGGGAGAGGCCGGUCUUGGUCUGGCCGCUGCCGCUGCUCGCCCGAGGUCUCCAGGCCGGGCUGCGGCUCCAUCCUAGGCUCCUGGACACGGUCUGCGAGGCUCCGCCGGGCCAGCGUGGGAGAGCCGCGGGCGGCGGCCGCCGCAUCAUGUCAGCCAAGGACGAGCGGGCCAGGGAGAUCCUGAGGGGCUUCAAACUAAACUGGAUGAACCUCCGAGAUGCUGAGACAGGGAAGAUACUGUGGCAAGGAACAGAAGACCUGUCAGUUCCUGGCGUGGAGCAUGAAGCCCGUGUUCCCAAGAAAAUCCUGAAGUGCAAGGCAGUGUCUCGAGAAUUGAACUUCUCUUCAGCAGAGCAAAUGGAAAAAUUCCGCCUGGAACAAAAAGUUUACUUCAAAGGGCAAUGCCUAGAAGAAUGGUUCUUCGAGUUUGGUUUUGUGAUCCCCAACUCCACGAACACCUGGCAGUCCCUGAUCGAGGCAGCACCCGAGUCCCAGAUGAUGCCUGCCAGCGUGCUGACUGGGAAUGUUAUCAUAGAGACAAAGUUUUUUGACGACGAUCUUCUUGUAAGCACAUCCAGAGUGAGACUUUUCUACGUUUGAGAGAAGAAUAUGUGUGCAUUUCAAGAAUUUGGGUUUGGGGGGGGGAGGAGGAAACUGUUUACUUUUUUCCUCCACACGUUUGAUUUUUGGCACUUUCACCCCUAAUUCCCUCUACGGCAAAACCCACCUGCAGCCACCAGUGGACCAGUUCUGUGUAGAUAACCAGAUGGCUGUUUCCUCCCAAGCCGCCAUCUUCCACUGACAGACUAAACUCCCAACCCCAGGCCAGGGUAGAAGGUGAGCCUCGAGUCCUUCCCAGGAUGACACAGAGACAAACGCUUACCACGAGAGCCGAUGCUGUUCCCACCCCUCCCUGCCUCCUCCUUGGGCCCUGCAGGCAACACAUUUUCCUUUGGCUCCUGGUUUUGGAAAAAUUCAUAUUCCUGACUUAUGUUUCGUUUUUUUCCUACCACUUCUAUUUCAUACAUUCUCAUACAUCUAACUUGUAAAAUAGACUGUGAUAUUAUUAUUACGUAAUGAAUUAAAACAUAUGAAUUAAAAUAUU